AUGGAAAAUGUGCUACGCCGGAAACCCAAAUAUGACCAUGGCCGUCAUGUUCAGAGUACACUUUGGCUGCCUCACAUGUAUGCCUCGGAGGCAGCGUCGUGGUCAGUGGCUUGUUCUGCCAUGAAGGGACGUAACGGAUAUGAUUCCUUGAUGCCACGUAAUGAGGAGCAUAUGUUGCACAAUUUGCGUACACCUCACACAAUUGACGCUAUUAUUCCGCGGGCCCAGAGUUAA